GAGUGAGCUUACCCGCUCCUGACUGCUUUAUGGUUGCUGGCGUGUUAGUUGGCAGCAAGAAGCCACUUCUAUGAAAACAAAGCGUUGUAUUUAUUGAACACCAUGAUUUCUAUUUCGCACUAAGCAUGAGUCUGUCGAUCUCAGCUUAGUAGCGCCAGCAGUGACGGCAAAUACUACAGUGGAAGGGUUACUGCUAACUACCGAAGCUAACGCUACCUAUACAGCCGAAGUUGUUUGACUAGAGCUGAUAAUAACAUCCUGAGCAUCGUUCCUACAAUGCUAUUCAUACACACCAGCGUUUAAGUGUUUGACCCGUCAACUAAGCAACCUUAAAACGUUGCAGAAAACAUGGCUAACACCGUGCUGGAAGUCGGUACCGGCGUUUUUGUCAUUGCCGUGGUCUGGAUUGCUGCUCUUGUGUUUGGGAUGAUGCUGCUCAGAGCAUCUGGAUCCGCGAAGCUAGGAGUUAUCCCUGUUUUUCUCUUGGCUCUUACCAUCACUUUGGCGCUGGUGUUAUUUCCUCGCACCCCAGAGACGCCGCCGCCUUUCAAAGAGAUAGAGAUAGUGGACACUUUGUUCAUCGGCCGCUAUGUGCUCCUGGCCGUGGUGAGUGCGGUCUUUCUUGUGGCGUUCUUCAUGCUGCUUCCCUUUCAUUUCCUGGAACCGGUAUAUGCCAAGGCCUUAAGAACACACUAGAGAUGCCAGGGUCAGAGCUGCCACUUGGAUCACACUGUUGAUGUACACAAGCAUUAAGACAAGCAGCGCUGGUGAGUAGCAAGAAGCCCCCCUUUGUGUGAAAACAGACUGGAGAAUGCAUCCUAAACAGAAACAGCAGGAGAAACAAUGUUGUCUUCAUGGACUACUGUUUGUGGGUUUGUUGACUGUUUAUACCCAACAGACAAUACCUAGGUUGUUUCCUUUUAUUAUGUAUCAUUUCACACAAGCAAUAAUACAUAGUCAAGUUUUUUAUUUAUUUUUUAAAUUUGAUCUAUUUGAGUACUACUGUAAUUCAGUGUUACCCAACAGUCAUUGUUCACCUUUUUAUCAAUUAAAAAAAAACGUAUUUACUUA